AUGAGUCUGUACGAGCUGGGACCACAAGUCUUAGAGGAAGCUAACUACCGAGUUUUAGGCUUAGCUAAUCAGGUGACGAUUAGAUUACGGAAAGGAUAUAAGAACAAAAUGGACUGGAUUAAAAGGCACCAAGAAUGUCGUAGAAUGCAGAUCAACCCUACAGUUAUCUGCUGGGAUGACAUCACACUUCCAACAUGCUUGAAAGAAGCAUGUAAGUAUGGACCUAAAUACGCACCACUACCUAAACUCACGCACGAAAAGAUCAUGUCGGAAGUCGAGCAAGCUAUAGCGGGGCUCAGUGAGAUCAAGAAGGAAAUGUUUAGAUGGGAAGUGGCGCUUAAAAUCGAACAAGAAUAUAACAAAAGAAAUUGCGACCCAAUCUGGGCAAAUAUUAGAAAAAGUCGAGACUGGCUGAAAGGUAACAAUCUCGUGUUCACUAGGGCCGACAAGUCGAAGGACUUAGUAGUCAUGAAAAGAAGCACUUACGACGACUUUCUGUUAAAGUACAUUAAUGAUACACAUUGUAUUACGGCACACUCAUGUGCUCUAGAAAGGCUGCAGGUAAAAGUUAAAAGGUUUGCAAACACACCGCUGGCUAAAGAACUGGGUUUGACGAAAAUAAUAGUCCACUCUCCGUCCGCACUUAGGCUAUUUGGAUUUGCCAAAAUCCAUAAAAACGAUAAAAGCUUAAGGCCUGGCGUUGAUAAAGGAUGCGCAUCCACAAUAUUAUUGGAAAGCUUUGCCAAACUUGUACAUAAAAUGACAAAUAUGAAGUCUCAAGAAAUUAAGUAUAUGACCGUAUUGGAUUUCAAGACGCUGUACCCUUCUAUCCAACUAGAACCAUGUUUUUGCAAUUUACAUGAUUUCCUUUUAAGCAAGAUCAAGCAUCCAGAAAAGAAGAAAAAGCAGAUUUUAGAGUUGACGCAUCUAGAAAAUUUUUCAUCUAUUUUUAACUUUAAAGGCGUCACAUACACGCAGCAGAAGGACGUCGCCAUGGGAAGCCCAGUGGCAAGUAGUUUAUGUGAGAUGGUGUUAAGAACGCUAGAGAAUGCAUUCAUGCCGAAUUAUGAAACGCAAAUUCAAAUGUACGCACGGUAUAUCGACGAUGUGGUUAUGUUAUGGAAAUUCAAACUCAACUUACAACAAUUCUUAAAGGAAAUUAAUGACAAAAAGUUCGGCCUCGAGAUUGAACUCGAGCAAGAAAGUGAUACGCUCAUACACAUUUUGGAUUUAUCUAUACAACUAGACAGCAAAGGCGAUUUUCUCAAUAAAGUCUAUAGAAAGCCUACGUACAACCCGAUAUUUAUCCCAUGGAAUUCGCACGACCCGCCAACGUAUAAACUAGCUGCAUUCCGGGCGCUCAUCGCAUGA